GGGUGCAUGGGUGAAACAUGGCCGCCGCAGACCCAGCGAAGUCUCCCAAACGGCAGAAAAUACCCGAGGAGGAGGUGGAAACAUGUGGGGAGAAAACCGUGGCGGUGGAGUCGGGGUGCGGUGCACCCCUAAAAGAUGAAAAUACGUGUAAUAAAACCGGGGGUAGCCCCAACGAUGAGCAGAGAGCCGAUGUUGGCAGCGACGGCGGCGGUAGUGUUGCCAGCCAUUCGGAGGUUAGUGUCGAGUCCGGUGCUGGAGCCGACAAAACGACAUGCAUUUUACCGGAGGACCUGCGAGCGGCUGAAAAGAUGGCCGAGGCCACUGGCAGUGACCAGCGUCCAUUUGACUGGUCUGAGGCUGAAGACGACGGUGAAGGGACGAAAACACACGCGGAGGAAAAUGAUAAGUGUGACCUCAAUAGUAUUAGUGAGAGUGCCGAAGAGGUGCGGCAGGACAAGUGUGUUGAUGGUGACAUUGCCACAAAUGCAGAAGAGGCACAUGUGGAGGAGAAGAGUGCAAGGAAACCACCCAAUCAGGAUUUUUUGGGUGAGGUGGACGGCACAGAGGAUUUGGUUGAGGAUGAUGAGGAGGCAGACCGAGCUGGGGAUGCUGAUUCGACUGCUAAGCAGAAAAAGUGCCGCCUGGUGUGCAAGGAGUGCGGGAAGAGGUUCACCCGCCGUGAGACGUUCAACCUCCACCGCCACUUUCACGCGCACGAGGACGAGCUCACGCCUCUCACCUGUAAAGAAUGCGGCCUUACCUUUCAGCACCGCAGCAGCCUCAUCAAACACAGAAAUGAACACAGAGAGAACGAGGAGCAGCAGCUCGUUACUCCGAAAAAGGAGAUGCAAGGAUUGGAGGAGGGCAUUUUUCAGUGUGCAGAAUGUGAGAGGAUAUUCUCCACAGUCAGUCAGCUGAGGGACCACAAUUGCAGCAAUACAGUAGAAAAGCCUUACCACUGCCCCCUGUGCCGCCAAGACUUCCAGUUUAAGGUGUCUGUCACUAAGCACAUGAUGACCCAUUCCCAGGAGAGCACUUUUACGUGCCAAGAGUGCAGUCAAACUUUCCCAAACACUACAGCCCUGCGCUUCCACCAGAGGUGUCACACCGCCCUCAAGCCCUACGAAUGCCCAGAAUGUGGCAUGGUUUUCAAACACUAUUCUGUCAUGGAAGACCACCGUCGCAAACACACUGACAACAGUCGCUCUCACCUGUGCAACAUCUGCGGUAAGACUUUCAAGUAUAGCAGCCUCCUUCAUCAACAUCAGUAUCUGCACACAGGCCAAAAGCCCUUCCGCUGCCCUGACUGUGGGAAAAAAUUUGCUUUUGCCCAGAACAUGAAGGCACACUGCCGCCAGCAUAGACUGCGUGAAACCAACUCCAUUAGUGUGCAGCCCAGCAAACAGGCCCCUGCGCCUGAACAGGAGGCAGUUAAAGGGCCAGGAAAAGAGAACACACACCAGAGUGAGGAACCAAAACGCACAUUCAAUUGCCCUCUUUGUCCCCAGACAUACUGUGCACCGGCUAACCUGAGAGCACAUAUGCUUAUUCAUGAAGCCGAGUAUGAAAAGCUGGAGAGAUCACCCCGACCCCCAAAGGAGGUAAACAAGUACUGGGAUAAGGGACACACCUGCCCACAUUGUCCGUCUGUUUAUCGGGACGAAUCCAGUUUAAAUGUGCAUCUUUUAAGUGUCCACAAGUCUGUUUCACAGUAUUUAGAAAGAUUGGCAACUCCAAAUAAAAAACAAUUCACUCCAUUAACUAGUGAUAAUGUGCAGGUUAAGUGGAAAAGUGAAGGCAUAAGUAUUAAGUCAUACAAGUGUUCAGAGUGUGGAAAAACUUUCCGUCAUCGCUCAGUGUUGGAGCUGCAUAUGCGCAUACAUUCCAAGGAUAAGCCUUACCAGUGUAAAGUGUGUGGCAAGGGCUUUAGAUUCAGUAGCUACCUACAGCAGCAUCUCAUUAUUCAUACAGGCAAGAAGCCAUACAAAUGUCCAGACUGUGGGAAGGACUUUGCAUUCCUGCAGAACAUGAGAACACAUCAAAAGCUGCAUCAGGAAAAACCGUUCCGCUGCACCAGCUGCCGCAAAGGCUACAGUGAUGAGAUCCAGCUGCAGCACCACAUGUUAUCGCAUAACGGUGACAAACCUCAUAAGUGCGAUCAGUGUGACAAAAGCUUUGGGUUAGCUUAUCUGCUCCGCGAUCACAUGAACACGCACACAGGAGAGAGACCUCAUCGCUGUGACGAGUGUCACAAAACCUUUUCAUGGUUUAGCAGUCUGCUGGUACACCAGAAGAUCCACGCUCGCAAGCGGCAAAGUUUCAGCCAGUACAAUUCUUUCCCAGUAACCUCUAGGAUGAGGGGCAGGGGGAGGAGAGGAGGGAGGCUGGUGUGGGGCUUUUCUAGACCUUUAGGAGGCUCAGGGAUGACUACUCCUCAGCAACUUCCUUAUCCAGUUUCUGCAGUGAGAGAUGCUGAGCUGCACAGGAGGGCAGUACAGCCGCAGUCUUCCAUGCUCGCAUCUCGCAUGGAUUUACAAAGCAGGUCACAGAAGGAACCGUGGCUGGCUGAGCUACACCCUCAACCAGUGCAGUGGAAGGUUGAUGGUGGGGAGGUAAUGCCUGUUCCAUCAUCGCAGCUCCAACAUGGAGGUCCCCAGCAGACACAGUUUGACAGCCCAGCACAGUCAGGGCUACAGCAGCACCAUCGGACAAGUUCAUCCUGGGCAGAUAUUCCUCUGAUAACUCAGUCAGGCUCGGUUCAGAGCUUAGACUCAUCACACACAAAAGACAGCCUAUCUUCUGUUGCCAGCUCUCACCUGGCAUCCAUGCCAAAAAAAUCCAGCCCGUCAGUAGUUAGCGAGAUGGUGCAGCACAGGCAGCACAAGCCUGUUUCCUGGAGCAGCACUCCCACAUGUACAGUGCUAGCUUCCACAAGUUCUGUGCAACAUGAAUUUUCUGUGCCCUCUUCCUACAUGGAUGGGGCAGCUUUGUGGAGUGUCAGGCCUACUCCACUAGUAAAUUCACAGGGCUCUCCAAAUAAACUUGGGCAGGAGCUUCAGCUGCCAAGAUGGCCAGUUACCCCUGUGUCCUCACAAAAGGAGCCAUCCACACCUCCUAAGAAGGAGGACAGAGUGUGGGACUUGAGUAAUCCUCAAGUAAUACCUUCGACUGUUAGCCAGCCAGAGAAGCCAUGGAAUGGCUGUGAGCCGCAAAAGUCAUGGGCUUCGGGCUUAGCAGGUGCAUCCACCUCAGCUCAAAUAGACCAAAGCAGUGCUAUGCCAAUUUCAAGUCCUGUCUCUCAUGGGGCCAGUAGCACCUUAUGGGAUAUACAAACACCACCAGGAAUUCCAAAGACUAUAAACUCCACUGAGAAGUUAGUAAAUAAUCAAGAUUUUCAGCUGCAGCAAAAGCAGGUGUCAUCUGGCUGGGCCAAUGUACAGACAGCGACACAAAAGGUUCCCAUCUCCAUUCAGUAUGAGCCUCAUCGUUUUGGACAGGGAAUGGGAACACCAGUAUGGGGCUUCCAAAACAAUCCCGUGGGUCCCCAAACCCUGCUCUCUGGGCAACUCAAACCAGGGAAUGGACAGGAGCUGCAGCAACAACCAAUGGUAACAGGCACUCAAAUAAUCAUAAAUCAGCCUUCUCCUUUUUUCUCACCUCCUCCACUUGCUCCGCUCCCUCCUCUUGCUUUGCCUGGCCCUCACCCUCUUCACUCUGUCGCAGUUGGUACACUUCCAAGACCUCCACACCCAAAUAUUUUUUUCACACCACAGGCAGUCAUGAGCGAGAGGCCACACAUGCCACAGACCCUGCCCCUACCUCAACUUGCCCCACGGACAGAACCUCACAAACUUGGAUCUCGUUUGCCUUUUGCCCCUGAACGGCUUCUCCAGUGCAUGAUAUGCGGGUGCUCUCUUCCUCGGGAGCUGGAUCUACAAAUGCAUUACUUGCAACAUGCACAGGGAGAGAUUUGACAUUUCUUACUCUAGCAACAAGACUUAGUUAUGUUUUUAUAAUUUUAUUAUUUAGUAGAACCUCAUUUAUCAGACAUGGAUGAGCAUUAGACACAAAGAGAUGAAAGUGAAACGUGGUUUAGUCUGUACACUUGUUGCACAUUUGAAGUCUUUAAGCCCCAGAUUAGAUUGCACAGUCAGGGUGUGAUUUUUGAGAUGAAGGGUGUGUACACAUGCCAUUUGCAUUGUUUCGCUGUCCUUUUAAAUGCUUAUCCAAAUACUUCUAGAUUAAUGAGGUUCUGCUGUAAGGUCUACAUUUCAUUUAUUGCCAAUGACCUUUAGAUUUAGAUAAUAUUAGUACUUUUCUAGUUCUGGUCAUAUGUCCUGAAUCAUUUGUACUGUGUUUCUUCAUGUACAGUAUACUGUGUGCCUUUUUAUGAGUACAGUCUGCAUGUCUGCUGUCUUUGGUAUUCUAGGCCUAGUUUGUGCUUAUUAAGGUAGACUCAACAAUGUGACCUCACUCCCAAAAUGCAGAGCGACUCUUUCAAAGAUACUAUAAAGUAAUGUGAGUUUUUGCUUUUGGAGAAGUGAGGGGGAUUGUUGGGCUCACAGAUUAGAUUUGUCAGAGCAUAACAAGGAGAAAAAAAACUGUACCCAUACAGUAAUAAGCCUCUUAGAAAGCACUUGUAUUCACAGGGCUACUGGCCCGGUCCAAAUACCUGUCGAGUAAAAAGCUUAAGUAUCUCUAACAUGUAAUUGUGAUUUCACAUUAGGAGUUUUCUGUAAAUGCUGUAAACUCUUGGGUGGCCAUUGGGGAUUCGUCACCUUUAUACAAUUACUAACUGUUGACAAAUAGUACAUUUUAUAAGAAGUGUUAGAUUUAUGUAAUGUUUUGUCAUUAACAUUUUUUACAAUGGCAAGACAGGCAUAUAAUUAUGAUUAUAUAAAAUGCUUUGCGCCAAUUGGUCCACUGUGUGUCUCUUACCAGAAUAACUAUUUCAGAUUGGAAUGUACCCAUAUUUGUAAAAACAAAUUACACUUUUUAGUGCUUAAAUGUAUUUUUGUUUGUUUGUUUGUUUUUUGUUUGUUUGUUUUUUUUUGUGAAUAAUGAAUGAUUUCAUUCCGUAACAGUAGAUUUAGCCGAGUACAUAAUCGCAUCUCCUUCCGUUAUGAAAAUGGGCAUUUGAUUAGCUCUGGUGUCCCGCUAAAUGACUGAAAAUAUUCAUUACUGCUGUACAAAAUAAAACAUAUGGUUCAUUUGUAAAAAUAAAAUUUUAAAAAGCCAAAAAAAAAAGAGUAAAAACAAAACAACUUCCUGUGCAUUUCAAUAUUCACCAAUUCAAAAAUGUGCCCUUCUACCUCUAUCCACUGUUUUAGCAUGGAAGAUUUUCCCAUGAUGUCUACAUAUUGGAUUAAAAUAAAAACCUGCCUUUGAUUAUAAA